GGCGUCGUGCCCAAACUGUAUGUGUGCUGCAGCCUGUCAAUAAAUAUGAUUGCAGAAGAGCUCUUGGAUGCUGAAAUAUUUUAUAAAUUGCAAAAAUUGCAGAUGAACUAUUCAAUAUUUUAUUGUUUUUGUGUUUUUGCAUGCAGUAAAUAUUUAGUAGAUAAGCAUCCUCUUGGCAUAUUGAUGCCAAAUACCGUCGGGUCUGUUACGGCAGUAAUGGCGCAUAUUCUACAAAAGUGAAGCACUGCUGGCUUGUGGUCACUGAACCUUGUGGUAGAAUUUGGGAGUUAAACCUUGGGGAGUUUCUGUGCAGUUUUUUUUCUCGGUAUUUUUAUGUUUCGAUUGACCAGAGGGGUCUCUUCUAUUGUUUUCAAUUCGAGCACCAUACCUUGUGCGCGCCAGUGCAGAAAAAUGAGUUCGGAAGUCGUCAACCGCCUGGAGAAUCGAGCUAAGCAGGCUGAUGACAUCAUUCAGCAUCUGAAGAAAGAGAUCGCAGCUCUGCAGUCGGCGACCCAGUCCGAAGAGCUGCUGAGUCUCCAGGAGGAGAACUCUCAGUUGAAGGCCGAGGUGGAGCGAUGGACUAAGGCACUCGUCCAAGCAGAAGAAAAGAAUGGAGUAAAACAGGUGCCUCUCCCCGGCCGGAGUGCCGCUCCUGCUGCGUCUGUGACCGCCGCAGCUGCCCCGGCGGCAGCCCCUGCAACAAAGGCGCCCGCCGACACCAAACCCGCCAAAGAGGCCAAGACCGACAAGAAGAAGGCGGACAAGAAGGGCGAGAAGAAGCCCAAAGCUGACGCGAAGGCGGCGAGUGGCGCGGGCGACGCCGACUCGGUGGAUAUCGGCCUGCUGGACCUGCGCGUGGGCCGCAUAGUGACCGCCGAGAAGCACCCGGACGCCGACAGUCUGUACGUGGAACAGGUGGACGUCGGCGAGACGGCGCCGCGCACCGUCGUCUCCGGCCUGGUGCGCUUCGUGCCUGUGGAGCAGAUGCAGGACCGCAUGGCCGUGCUGCUCUGCAACCUCAAACCGGCCAAGAUGCGGGGCGUCACCUCUCAGGCGAUGGUGAUGUGCGCCAGCACCCCGGACAAGGUGGAGAUCCUGUCGCCGCCGGCCGGUGCGCAGCCCGGCGACCUGGUCACCUGCGAGGGCUUCGUGCGCCGCGCCGACGCACAGUUGAACCCCAAGAAGAAGAUCUUCGAGCAGGUGGCGCCCGACCUGAAGACGGACGCGGAGAAGCGCGCCACUUAUCGCGGGGUGGUCUGGGAGGUGGCGGGGAAGGGUGUCGUCACUGCCCAGACGCUCACCAACGUCAUUAUCAAAUAGAUAAUUUGUUGUGGAAUCGGGAAGUGCUGCUUUCUAUCGACUAUUUGGAUCCAUUGUGAGCUUUUGUUUUUUGUUACCAAUCUGAUGACACACUUGAACAGGUGGACAAUAAAAAGUAUGCACUACAUAUGC